AUGGCUCCUCAGCACUCGGGUGAUGUCUUGACCCCCCUACUCGGCGCUCUGAACCUCCAAGCUCAGCGUCCGAAAUAUCCUUUCGUCUUUCUUCCUGAUCAAAUGCCUCAGAUACCUCAGAUGCCCCAACUGCCAUAUAUGUAUCCAAAUGUUCUUCCAUACCCUACCCUUCCUUAUUUGGUGAACUGUAACGAGGAGCAGAAAAACGAGAGCUUCAACGUUCCCUUUCAGAUGAUGAAGACUCCAAAUGGCUACAUUCUCCAAGACCUAGAGAGCCUGACACAGCAGGAUCCUCCGAUUCCACGGGCGGUGCCUGCAAUGUGGACCAACCCAUCCGAGCUGACCCUCGCCAAAUGCCUUGAAAAUCGCGAGGGUAUAACUAAUGUCUACAUUCGAGGCUUUCUGCCGGAGACAAGCGAUGAGAUUCUGUAUGCAUAUGCCUCCCGCUUCGGCAAGAUUGAUCGUUGCAAGGCAAUUGUGGAUCUGGAUACGGGUCUUUGCAAAGGAUUCGAGACUCGCGAGAUUGCCGAGAAAGUGUUGACUGAAUUUCACAAUACUGUUGGAAACGAUGGUGUCAAGCUACUCUUGCGCUUUGCGGACACAAAGGCUCAAAAGCUACUGAAACAGCAAAGCAAUGAGCGUCGUGCCUAUCGAGCCGGAGAGUACAAUUACUCAGUUGAGGUAGUCCAGGGCUCGACCCCGUCCCCUUCCCUGCAUCGUCUUCAGCAAACUGCGUCUCAUCUCAGUCCUGGCUCCCAGGUCAGUUAUCCGUCCCCCGUCGGGAUGGCCUCAACCUGGACUCCUGCGACAUCCAUUUCUCCGCCGUAUCCUGUGGUGAAGAACCAACCCAGCAAUGCGCAUCUUAACACCUGGUCUGCCGGGAACAGCCCAGCCAUACUUGAUCACACGCCUGUCUAUCGUGGACGAUUCCCGGUUAGUCGUAUGGGGUGGAUGGAUACCAUCUCUGGCGGUUCGUCCAGGACAGUUUCUUCCAGGACAGCUUUACCCAACUCUCCUGGUGUCGAAUCCCGUUCUGGGCCCACCAGCCCCCGGAUGGAGAAUGUCAAAGCUGAGUCAUUGUCACCUAUUCCAUCACGCAGAGAGAUCAUGUCCAAGUCUCCGCGGUCCGUUCACUGAAUCAUUGGCUGAUCCACUCCGGGCUUGUCUCUAUACACAAUUCCAUGGCUACAUGUCAGCAUCUGUUACAAGUCACAAAGUUUUACAAAAGUACAUCUUUUUGCUCUUUUUUGCUAUUCUUUUGCUAUUCAUGUUUGUCCUGUCAAUUUUGUCUGUUUUGCCGCCGUCUUGCGGUUGUCUUUUUGAUUUUGUGGUGUGUUUACAUGGUCUUGAUUUGUUUUGACAACAUCCCGGUUCAAUGGUGGUCAACAGAGUGUCAUCUACAAUCUGUAUCCUUUACGAUUGGGCCACGCACAUGGCGGUCAUACACACGGAGAUGAAUGGGCAUGAAGGAGAGUUGCUAUUUGCUGUAUCUGUCUUAGAAGACACAUCCCUUUUUCCAACAUGAUAAAGGUUAGGUAAAUUGUCUAAUACAAAUUGCACUGCUAGUCUCGCAAAAAAGGAAGCCUAACCAUUUUA